UUUGGCAUGCAGUCACCAUCUAAGUUUUCUGGCAGUUUAAGUUUCACUUACUGGGAAAUCAUUAAAGAGUUAAAGAGAGGGAGGAAGUAGGAGUAACCCAGCACAAAUAAGUACAGGCACACUGAUCAGGAAACGAAGAUUGAGAAAGGCAAAGUCAGUUUCCAGCUGUGUUUUCUUCCACUACAACAAGAUGGAUUCAAGCUCAUUAGAGGAACCUGACCUAAGGAUCGUCCUGCUGGGGAAAACUGGAUCAGGAAAGAGUGCAUCUGGGAAUACCAUCCUGGAAAAAAAAGAUGUGUUCACCUCAGAGGCUUCUCCAUCCUCUGUGACCCAGACAUCUAAAAAAGCAUCUGGCUUCUUUGAUAAAAGAACCGUGUCUGUGGUGGACACUCCUGGUGUCUUGGACAAAUCGAUGAACGAAGAGCAGUUUAAAAGUGAAAUAGAAGAAAGUCUCACACUGACUGAGCCAGGACCACAUGUGUUUCUGCUGGUGCUCAGACUGGAUGUGAGGUUCACAGAAGAGGAUAAAUCUGCCAUCAGGUGGUUCAGAGACAACUUUGAACCUGACCUAAGGAUCGUCCUGCUGGGGAAGACUGGAUCAGGAAAGAGUGCAUCUGGGAAUACCAUCCUGGAAAAAGAUGUGUUCCCCUCAGAGGCUUCUCCAUCCUCUGUGACCCAGACAUCUAAAAAAGUGUCUGGCUUCUUUGAUAAAAGAACCGUGACUGUGGUGGACACUCCUGGUGUCUUGGACAAAUCGAUUAACGAAGAGCAGUUUAAAAGUGAAAUAGAAGAAAGUCUCACACUGACUGAGCCAGGACCACAUGUGUUCCUGCUGGUGCUCAGACUGGAUGUGAGGUUCACAGAAGAGGAGAAGUCUGCCAUCAAGUGGUUCAGAGACAACUUUGGUGAGGAAGCCUCCAAACACACACUGGUGCUUUUCACCAGGGGGGAUGAUUUAAAGGAGAACUCCAUUGAGACUUAUAUAAACCAAAACCCUGAGCUAAAAGAGUGCAUCAGUGUCUGUACACCUUGGUACAGUGUGUUCGAAAAUAAAUGCAUGGAAAAUCUGACCCAGGUGGCUGAUCUGUUUGAAAAGAUAGACAAGUUGGUGCAGUUGAAUGGUUACCAGCCUUAUACCAUGAGCAUGUACGAAGAGGCCCAGAGAAAGAAGAAUUCCAAGGAAUGGUGGAGCAAGUGGGCAAAUACUAUGGACACUUUGAGUCAUAAGUUGAUUGUGGGAGCAGUAGUCACCACUGCUGUCAAUGCCCACGGAGCCGCUGCUCCUUUAGCAGCAGCUGCAGGAAUUUCUAAAGCCAUUGGGUGGUGGAUGAAACCUAAAACAACAGAUGUCAAGCCAUGAUCCUUCAAGCAAACUUGUAAGGUCAUUGUUGAGAAAAUACGAAAAACUAUAUAUAUUAUGUCAGUAUAUAUAAUCAGUAACCACUUUUUCACAUUCAUUGUAUAUUGUGGGUGUCUAACCUAUAAAUGAUAUCAUGUAUUAUCAUGUAAUAAUGCAACAGCUCCAUAUUUUACACAUGAUCAAAUGUAAAGUUUACAUGUAUAAAUCAGUAAUAUUAAUAAACAUCACUUAAAGAAAAAUAA